AAAAAGUCUGUCAACAAAAAUCCCAGACAAAACAAACACGGAGUACUACAAUCACGACGCUACUCGGAAUACUACACCACCAACGCCAGGUCUUCCACCAUUUCACCCCGAAAAUUCGGCUCUCGCAGCAGGGUGAAUCACCGGAGCACCUGCCGUGGCCACUUGAAUAACCUCUGUACCUGAUAAGAACCCUCGGGGAAACCAUGCAGGAAAACAGACCAGAACUGUACGAAGAGGUGAAGCUGUACCGACAGGCGAGGGAACGCGAAAAGUACGAUAACAUGGCCGAUCUGUUCGCCCUCGUCUCGACGCUCCAGAAUCUAGAGAAAGCGUACAUCCGGGACUGCAUCACGCCCCAGGAAUACACGGCAGCCUGUUCGAAGUUGCUGGUACAGUAUAAGGUCGCGUUCAAGUUGGUGCAGGGUGACGAGUUUCCGACGAUCGAUACGUUCGUGAAAAAGUUCCGACUUGACUGCCCGGCCGCACUGGAGCGCAUCCGUGAGGAUCGACCGAUCACAAUACGCGACGAUAAGGGCAACACUAGCAAAUGCAUUGCCGACAUUGUGUCGAUGUUCAUUACGCUGAUGGACAAGCUGCGACUGGAGAUACGUGCCAUGGAUGAUCUGCAGCCAGAGUUGCGCGAUUUGCUUGAUACAAUGAACAGGCUGUCGCUGAUCCCGGACAGCUUCGAAGGCAAGGAGAAGAUCUCAACCUGGUUGGCUACGCUUAACUCCAUGCAGGCAUCGGACGAUCUGUCCGAGACGCAGGUCAGGCAGUUGCUGUUCGAUCUGGAAUCGUCCUACUCUGCGUUCAACAAUCUCUUGCACACCACGUAAACGCUUCAGACGCAGUGUUCGGACACAGCACGAAGUGCAGUAUUUUGGGCUUGCAUUUCGCUGUAGGGAAUUGUACAUAGCUCAUAACAUGCAUAUACUAACAUGAUAUUGAAGGGCUCUGUAAGCCGAUAAUGAGGUCAGAGUGGAUAGGAGAAAGAUCACAUCAGGCAGCGUAAACGCAACAGGAGCGCGAUAAGAGGAACGGGCUGCGAGGCAGUCGUUACAGUUUAUCUAUUUUUUAUCAAUUAUGUAAGAAAUAUAUUCAACAGUUAUCUGAACUCAUCGUACAUGUAAAAGUUGGGUUUUGUUUUCAACUCUCAAGCUUCGAGGCGCCUACACACCAGGAAAUCGAUCCGUCGCGGCCUAACUUAAUAAAAAGGGACCUGCCCUGAUUGUAGCACGCACCUCUAGGAUUCACCUAUGACGUCAACGAUGCGCUAAUGCAUAAUGAGAUUAACAGAGCGGCAGAAACUUCUAGAUUCCUGUGAAAUAUGCCCACCACGGACAUCCUCUAUCUCACCCCAGGGCCGGAGCGACCACUCAGAAGUUCUGAUAUGCUUCGUUAGACCAGGGCUUGUGAAUGAAAUGUACCGGGCAUUAUGGACGAAGAAGACAGGAAACGAUGAGUUGGCGAGGGAAUCCAUGAAUGAAUUCAGUUCCCUUACCUUUAAGCGUCCAUAAUUGGCAUUGGUAAAGUGGAGCAGACUGGAGGGAUCAACCAUUAGGGCUUAAAUGUCGAGGUUCAGGUUACGGUUACAUAAGGAGAACAGGGAAGCCGUUCGGUUGGAUUGGCCAUGCAUGAGGGUUACAUUAGGUUGUUUAAAUCAUUUUAGUAACAUUUUAACUUUGGCAAAUAAUAUAAAAUUCGUUGUCUUUGUUAACGUUCCAUUCUUAUAUCGAGGGUUAUCCA